AUGGCUCGGAUUAUCCCCCCGCAUCUGCUCGGGACUGGCGCUGCUUUUGUUCUGCUGGCUGUGGUUCUGACAGGUGAUGCAGUUGCGCAGGUUUUUGACAGCUAUGGAUUAUCAUACGCCUUGAGGUCCGAGCCGUCAGAGGAUACCAUAUUGGUCGCCAAUAACGGGAUCCGUGUGCCUUUCGGGAGAUCAGUCUUCAUUGAUCCCAUCAACGAUUUGGUUAUCCAAGUUCAGCCCGGUGACAGAUGCAGCAUAACGGUGCUGGACAAUGAUCCCCUGUCUCAAAGGCCUGGACACCUGUCUCCGAAAAAGUUUCCGUGUGAAUUUGGCCCCAACGACGUUAAGUAUUCUCACGUUGGCUCCAGGAGCCCUCCGAGGGAUAGAGUGAGAUUACAACUCAGGUAUGACACCCAAACGGAUACUAUUAUAAUACCUUUUAUGAUAGAGGUGGAAGUCAUUUUCACUCAGCUGGAAGUGCUAACCAAAAAUAUGCCUCUGACAGUCGAGAAACUGCUCGGCACAAGUAACCCCAUCGAUAGAAGAAUUUUAGAAUUCACCUAUGAUAAAAGUGCACAACAAUGCAAAAUAGCCUCCCUCUCAAGUGGCAGCGUGCUCCCCAGGUAUGGAAAACUUGUGGAUAAGGACAGCCUUGGAACAAUGGUGGACUGUGAUGAAUUUAUUAAAAUGAACAUCCGUUAUCAGCAUACUUUUGCUUUGAAGUCACCAAACAGAGAUUACAUUCCAAUGCUUGUGGAGUUACAUGAUAAGGAGGGCAAUUUGCUCAAGCAGGAAUUUUUUCAAAUUUUGGUGAGGAUUAAAGAUGGAGCGGAGAACACAGCUCCUAAACCCAGCUUUGUUGCGAUGAUGAUGAUGGAAGUAGAUCAGUUUGUAAUGACAGCGAUAACCAUGGAUAUGCUAGCUGCAGAGGAUGUUGAGUCUAAUCCUGAUGAAUUAAUUUUCAACAUCACAUCCACCCUGUCCUUUGAGGAGGGCUACAUAGUGAGCACAGAUGAUCGAAAUUUACCAAUAACCUCAUUUUACCAAGGAGACCUCAAAGACUUGAAAAUCGCCUACAAACCCCCUGCUGUGGAUUCCGACACUGAGCGGAUUUUCCAGAUUGAGUUUGAGGUUGUAGACACAGAGGGGGCUGUGUCAGACCCUUUUGCUUUCAUGAUUGUUGUUAAGCCUAUGAACACAUUGGCCCCUGUGGUGACUAGGAAUACUGGCCAGUUACUGUAUGAGGGUCAGACCAGGCCUCUGUCCAGUUCACAGAGUCUGGAAAUCAGCGAUGAGGACAGUUUAGAAAAUGUCAAAAUCACUGUUAUUGAUGGGCUGAGGCACGGAGAAUUAACUGUUCUGGGCUCAAGGAGGAAAUUUUUUACCCCAGCGGACCUUGACGCUGGAGUGGUCAUUUAUCAACAUGAUGGCAGUGACACAUAUAGUGAUAACAUUAUUUUCAGAAUGACAGAUGGCACAAAUGAGGUGGAGUUUCUGUUUCCCAUCACUGUUGUGCCAACUGAUGACGAGCCUCCCAUAAUUAAUGCCAACACUGGUUUGGUUUUAUUCAAAAACCAAAUGAUGCAAAUCUCCUCACUCAUGCUCAGUGCAGCAGACAUUGACUCAGAGGAUUCUUCAAUAAAAUUCACAAUAGAGCCUCCUUUUUCCACAAUUGGGCAGGUUUUGCUUCGUCAGUCUGAGGCCCCAGAGGACCCAUCAACCUGGAAGUUUAAUACAGAGGAUGAAUUGUAUGAGAAAGUAGUGACUGAAUGGCUGCAGCAGGAUAUAACUGAUGGUAAACUGUUUUACAAGCACAUUGGGCCUCACAGUGUCAGCACAGUCAUGGAUCAGUUUGUGUUUAAAGCUCAAGAUGACAACGACCCACCAAACCAAUCAAGUGAGAGCUCGUUUAUUGUUAAAAUUCUCCCUGUUGACGACGUCCCACCUGUACUUUACCCUGGCACGACUCUGCGAAUGACUGUGCACGAGUAUCAGCUUACUUACUUCCAAAAGAAACUCCUCCGUUACACUGACCUGGACUCAGAGGAUCGGGAUCUCAAAUACACAAUCAUCCAGCCACCAACGGAUACAGAUGAGAAUAGCCCUGUUGUAUUGGGAGCUCUGGUCUUAACUGAAAAGCCAAACACUGAAGUCACGGUUUUCACUCAGGCACAAAUUAACCACCAUAAAAUAGCCUACAAACCGCCUGAUCUUGAGCUUGGAAUCACCAGUCAUGUUUUGCAGUUUCGGUACUCUGUGGAGGAUGUUUCUGGAAAUAUUGUAGAAGGAGUUUUCACUAUAUUUUUAAAGCCUGUGGACAACACACCACCUCAAAUAACCAACUCUGGAUUCACUGUGUUUGAACGCGGCACGCAUAUCAUAACGAGUGAUGAGCUGGACACCUCAGACACAGACACAGACAGCAAACAGAUAUCCUUCACUAUCACUCAGCCUCCACUGCAUGGCCAGAUCCAGUUUACAUUCACUGACAUCUCAAGAGGAGACACUUUCAGCCUAGAGGAUAUUGGACAUGGCAGAAUUUCAUACAUCCAUAAUGGAGAUGAAUCAACAGCUGAUUCGAUACAAAUAGAUGUCAGCGAUGGCAUCCACAUUGUCCCAAUCAAUAUAAAGAUUAGUGUAAAGCCGAUUGAUGAUGAGACUCCAACUAUCAGCCUUCCAGCUGGCACAAUAGGCUCCUACAUAGAUGUACUGGAAAAUGGAGCAACAGAAAUCACAACUAAUGUCAUUCAGGGAAGAGAUGAGGACACGGAUGACCUCCGUUUGACCUUCAUUGUGGAGGACCCACCAUCAUUAGGGGAAAUUCUGGUGAAAGGUGUCCCAUCUGGCACAUUCACCCAAGCUGAUGUCAUUAAUGGCGUUGUGGUCUAUGCUCAUACCAGUGGUGAGAUAGGCUUCACCACAAAGGAGGACUUUUUCAAUCUCACUUUGACGGACAUGUCUGAUGAGUGGACUGUAGGUGGAAAUAAAAUCACAGGUGUAAGAGUGCAUGUAACUAUUCUUCCCCUGGACAGCCAGGCUCCAGAGGUCUUUGUGGGGCCACAGUUCUCUGUUGUGGAGGGAGAGAAGAAUGCCAUUCAGAUUCUUCAUAUAAGCGCCGAUGAUGCAGACACCUCCAACGAUCAUCUCCUUUGUACAAUAAUUGUACAGCCGACUUCAGGGUAUGUGGAAAAUAUCUCCCCUGCCCCAGGCUCAGAGAAAUCCAGGUCCGGGACAGCUAUUAGUGCUUUCACCAUCAAAGACAUCCGACAAAAUCACAUUUACUAUGUUCAAAGCAUUCACAAAGGAGUCGAGCCAGUGGAGGACAGGUUAACUUUCAGAUGCUCUGAUGGCAUCAAUUUCUCUGAAAGGCACUUUUUCCCUAUCUCCAUAAUCCCCUCUAAUGAUGAAAAGCCUGAGAUUUACAUGAGAGAGUUUGUAGUUAUGGAGGGCAUGAACAUAGUCAUUGACACUCCCAUUCUGAAUGGUGCUGAUGCAGAUCUCCCCUCUGAUCAGCUCACAUUCAUUAUUACCAAACCCCCCAAGCACGGAUUUAUUCUCAAUCAGCUCACUACUGGCACUAUCCCUGUCUCUAACUUCACCUUGGAUCAGAUCAGGGAGGCCUCCAGCAUUGUGUAUGAGCAUGAUGACUCAGAGACCACAGAGGACAGCUUUGAUAUUGUUCUCACAGACGGAAAGUUCAGUGUAGAGAAAACAGUAAUAGUUAUGAUUAUCCCUGUGGACGACGAGACUCCGAGGAUGGCAAUCAAUGACGGCCUUGAAAUUGAGAUAGGUGACGUGAAAGUCAUAAACAGCAAUGUUUUAAAAGCAACUGAUCUGGACUCUGAGGAUGACACGCUGACUUAUAUUAUUCGCUAUGGGCCCGGUCAGGGGUAUUUACAGAGGGCAACAGCUUCUGGGACUUUGCUCAAUAUCACAGUUGGAAUGAACUUUACACAGAACGAAGUGGAUCAGGGUUUAAUUGUGUACAUCCAUAACGGGCAAGAGGGGAUUCGGGACCUCAUCAAAUUCGAUGUGACAGAUGGCAUCAAUCCACUGAUAGACAGAUACUUCUAUGUCACAGUGGGUGGCAUUGACAUGGUUUUCCCAGACGUUAUCAGUAAAGGUGUUUCACUUAAAGAGGGUGGCAGGGUUUCUCUGACAACAGACCUGCUCAGCACCAGCGACCUCAACAGCCCAGAUGAACACUUGGUUUUCACAAUCACCAGAGCUCCCAUGAGAGGACACUUGGAGUGCACAGACACACCUGGGAUGCCCAUCUCAUCCUUUACACAGCUCCAGCUGGCUGGCAACAAAGUCUACUACAUACACACUUCUGAUGAUGAGGUGAAAAUGGAUAGCUUUGAAUUUGAAGUGACUGAUGGCUACAACCCUGUGUUCCGCACUUUCCGCAUCUCCAUCACUGACGUGGACAAUAAAAAGCCUGUAGUGACAAUACACGGCCUAGUAGUAACCGAGGGGGAGAACAAACUCAUCACGCCUUUUGAACUAACAGUGGAGGACAGAGACACUGUUGACCGUUUCUUGAAGUUCACAGUCACUCAAAUCCCAGUUCAUGGUCGCCUGCUCUUUAACAACACCCGGCCUAUCACCUCCUUCACAAAGCAGGACCUGAACGAGAACAUGAUCAGCUACAAGCAUGAUGGCACAGAGAGCGCAGAGGACAGCUUCUCCUUCACCGUCACUGAUGGCACUCACACAGACUUCUACAUCUUUCCCAACACAGUAUUUGAAACUCGAAGGCCCCAAAUGAUGAAGAUUACUGUUCUACCAGUGGAUAAUGGGGUGCCGCAGAUUGUGGUGAACAAAGGUGCCCCAACAUUGCGGGUUCUGGAGAAUGGUCACCUGGGGUUUGUGAUCACCAGUAAGACUCUUAAAGCAGAGGACAGAGACAGCAUUCAGAAUUCUGUGACCUUUAGGAUUACUGUUUCCCCUCACCACGGCUACCUGAUCAACCUAGGCAAAGGAAAUGCCACAAUCACCACUUUCACACAAGCUGAAAUUGAUGACAUGAACAUAUGCUAUGUUCUGAGGGAGGGUGACAAUGCUACAGAUGACAUAUUCUAUUUCUCCAUUGAGGACAGUGGAGGCAACAAACUGAAGAACCAGCAGUUCCGUUUGAACUGGGCUUGGAUCUCUUUAGAGAAGGAAUACUACGUGGUGGAUGAAGAGGUCAAGUUCCUGGAAGUGUUGCUGAAACGUCGGGGCUACCUGGGGGAGACUUCAUUCGUUAGUAUAGGCACAAGGGAUGGCAGUGCACAGAAGGACAAAGAUUUUCGGGGUAAAUCUCAGAAACAGGUGCAGUUCAACCCAGGCCAGAGCACAGCCACCUGGAAGGUGCGGAUCCUGUCAGAUAGCGAGUACGAAGUGUCAGAGACCUUCCAAAUUGUUUUGUCUGAGCCGGUGAUGGCAGCCCUUGAAUUCCCAGAGAUUGCUACUGUGGAGAUCCUGGACCCCGAUGAUGAGUCAACAGUGUUCAUACCCUCAGCCACAUACAACAUAGAGGAGGACAUUGGUGAGAUGCUUAUCCCAGUACACAGGAGUGGAGAUGUCAGUCAGGAGCUGAUGGUCAUCUGCUACACUCAGCAAGUUUCGGCCACAGGCACCAUCCCCACCACAGUGCUGUCCUACUCUGACUACAUCUCCAGGCCCGAGGACCAUCACAGCAUCGUCCGCUUUGACAAGGGAGAGGUGGAGAAAUCCUGCCGGGUGGUGAUCAUUGAUGACUCCCUGUAUGAAGACGAGGAAAGCUUCAACGUCACCCUCAGCAUGCCUAUGGGGGGCCGUCUGGGCUUGGAGUUCCCCGCAGCUCGAAUCACAAUCAUCCCCGAUAUGGAGGACGCUCCCGUCUUCUACUUUGGCAACACAGACUACCAUGUGGAUGAGAGUGAUGGCUUUGUGGAGGUGCAGGUAUGGAGGACGGGGACUGAUCUCUCCAAAGGAGGAACCGUCACAGUGCGCUCCAGAAAGACAGAUCCUGUCUCAGCCGAGGCUGGUGUGGAUUACGUUGGGAUCAGCCGGAAUCUGGACUUCGCACCAGGGGUCACCAUGCAGACGUUUCGUGUGAUCAUCCUGGAUGACCUGGGCCAGCCGGUGCUGGAGGGGCUAGAGAAGUUUGAACUGGUGCUCCGGAUGCCCAUGAAUGGGAUCCUCGGGGAGCCGAGUAAGGCUACCAUCCUCAUCAAUGACUCUGUUUCAGACCUGCCCAAAGUGCAGUUCCGAGAUGCCGUGUAUGUGGGCAAUGAGAACUCUGGGCAAAUCUCAGCUACUGUUUACCGUAGUGGAGAUAUCAGCUACAAGUCCACAGUACGCUGUUACAGCAGGCAGGGGACAGCCCAGGUCAUGAUGGACUUCAAUGAGAGGCCCAACACAGAUGGUUCCAUCAUCACCUUCUUACCAGGAGAGGUUGAAAAGCCUUGUGUACUGCAACUCGUUGAUGACACAGAACAUGAGGAAGAAGAAGAGCUCCGACUUGUGUUGGGAAGCCCCAAGAGUGAAUCUCCAUUUGGAGCGUCUAUUGGAGUGCAGAAUGAAACUCUCGUCAAGAUAAAAGACGAUGCAGACAAGGCAAUUAUUAGGUUUGGAGAAACCAAAUUUAGUGUGAAUGAGCCGAAGGAAAGUGGCCAAGUGUCUGUGGUGAAGAUCCCGGUGCUGCGUGUUGGAGACACCUCCAAGGUCUCUGUUGUCCGAGUUCACACCAAGGAUGGAUCUGCUACAUCUGGGGAGGACUACCAUCCCAUAUCUGAGGAAAUUGUGUUUAAUGAGGGUGACACACAGCACCACGUGGAGGUGGAGAUUUUAUAUGACAGCGUCAGAGAAAUGAGGGAGGCUUUCACUGUGCACCUUAAGCCUGAUGAGAACAUGGUGGCAGAGACAAAGAUGAGCAAAGCUAUAAUAUAUAUCGAGGAGACCAACAGCAUGGCGGAUGUGACCUUCCCCUCGGUGCCCAGAGUGGUUUCUCUUUUGCAUUACGAUGACAUCGACAGGAUUAGGGACUCUCCCCCUGUGGCUGGAUACCCUGUCAUUUGUGUCACUGCCUGUAACCCCAAGUACCCAGACUUUGACAAGACAGGCUCCAUCUGUGUAAGCGAGAACAUCAACAACACCCUAACUCGUUAUCGUUGGCUCGUUAGCGCCCCCACCAGCCCCGAUGGCGUCACAAGCUCUAUGAGGGAAGUAGACUUCGACACCUUCUUCACCUCCUCCAAGCUCAUCACUCUGGAUUCAGUCUACUUUCAGGCUGGUGCCAGGGUCCAGUGUGCCGCAAGGGGUGUGAACUCUAACGGGGAUGAGGGUCUGGAGCUUAGUAGCCCCAUAGUGUCCAUCAGCAUGGACGAGGGAAUGUGCCAGCCUCGUGUUGCAGGCACAGUGGGGGCCGAGCCCUUCUCUGCCAAGCUGCGGUACACUGGAACAGAAGACACAGACUACCCCAACCUCAUCAAACUAACUGUCACCAUGCCCCACAUUGAUGGUAUGUUACCUGUAGUGUCCACCCGAGCCCUGUCCAACUUUGAGCUCACGCUGAGCCCAGACGGUACCCGUGUUGGCAACCAUCGCUGCUCCAAUUUGUUGGACCACGCUGAGGUUAUGACUCGCUACGGCUUCCUUACUGAAGCCACCAAAAAUCCAGAAAUGAUCGGCGAAACGGCCGCUUACCAAUACAGCACUUCCAUCAGAGGAUCCAGUACACUACGAUUCUACAGAAACCUCAACUUGGAAGCUUGUUUGUGGGAAUUCACCAACUACUAUGACAUGUCUGAGCUGCUCAGUGACUGUGGAGGCACCAUUGGGACUGAUGGACAGGUGUUGAAUCUGGUUCAGUCCUAUGUGACGCUACGAGUACCACUCCAUGUGUCCUAUGUCUUCCACUCCCCUGUGGGAGCAGGGGGGUGGCAGCACUUUGACUUACAGUCAGAGCUGAGGCUCACUUUUGUGUACGACACUGCCAUCUUAUGGAGGGAUGGUAUAGGUAGCCCACCGGAGGCUGAACUACAAGGUGCCCUGUACCCAACCAGCAUGCGUAUAAAUGUCCAGGGACGACUAGUAGUCAACUUCCGCACUGAGGCUCGAUUCAGAGGCCUGUUUGUGUUUGCCCAUGCAGCUUCACCACUCACCUCCAUGGUCAUGUGUCCCGACCACCCUGGUUUGACCUUUAACCUCAGUCUUGUGAGGAAUGAGCCUACCUACAACCAGCCCAUCCAGCAGUGGACAUUUGUGUCUGAUUUUGCUGUGCGUGACUACUCGGGCACGUACACAGUGAAGCUGCUCCCCUGCACAUCCCCUCCCAGCCUGGAGUACACCAUCCCUCCUGUCUGCAAUCCCAGAGAGCCGCUUACCUUCGACAUGGACAUCCGCUUUCAGCAGGUUAGCGACCCUGUGGCUGCUGAGUUCAGUCUGAACACGCAGAUGAUCUUACUUUCAAAGCGGACGCUCUGGCUCUCAGACGGCUCCAUGGGCUUCGGACAGGAGACGGACACUGCUUUCUCACAAGGGGAUACAAUUUACGGACGAGUGAUGGUGGAUCCAGUGCAGAACUUGGGCGACUCCUUUAUUUGUAACAUAGAGAAAGUGUUCCUGUGUACUGGCGCUGAUGGGUAUGUCCCCAAAUACAACCCCAGCAACUUUGAGUUUGGCUGUCUGGCUGAUGCUCCAUCAUUACUCUACAGAUUCAAGAUAAUUGACAAGGCCCAGCCAGAGACCCAAGCCCGGUCAUUCGGCAAUGUAGCUUUCGAUGCCUUCCUGGCAGUGGAUGAUCCCGGCGCUUUAGCUCUAGUGAGACAACCUGCGUCAGAUGGUUUCAGAAUUGAUUCCUCAGCUCUCUUCCAGGUAUCUGCAGGGAGAGAGUGGUUCAUUCACACAAUCUACACUGUCCGUUCUCGGGCCAACGCUAACCGUGGCAUAGGGAAGAGAAGCCUGGAGUACCAUCUGAUGAGCCAGCACACAGAUCUGCUUCCAAAGGUUCAACAUCGCACCAGAAGAUCAGCCAAGGGAGUGCCAGACGUAAUAGAAGAGAUCGGUCAGAGUAACAAUCGAGGCACCAACAUCCUCCACAUCGCGCUGGACCGCAGCGGCCAGCAGAGGACGAGCCCAGAGAGGGAGAUCUUCACCAAAGGGAUCAUUCCUCGUGAGCUUAACCAGAGAGACAACAGUGAUGACAGACUAGUGUUGAUCAUUGGUAUCUUUGUUGGGCUGCUCCUCACCAUGCUCAUCAUCAUCGUGGUGGUGCUGCUGGUCCGGUCCAAGCGGGAGAAGAAAGCCACACCCAAGAGCUCAAGCAGCGCAGAACCCAUGAUGACACAAGCCCUCAGUGACAGCUCAGAGGUCUAACAAACAGACUGAUGAUUGAGAGUUUUAGUUGAUGUUUUUUUUGUUUGUUUUGCAAGUGCCUCACAUUUAGAUAAAAAUUGAAGAUUGUGUGUGAAGCAACACAAACUACAAGAGCUUUGAUUCUUUUCAGAAAUCUACUUGAAAAACUGCAUCACGU